AUGUCAUACGAAGUGGGGACCAGAUGCUGGCUUCCUGAUAAACAAGAGGGCUGGGUCGGUGCUGAAGUCUCGAAACUCUCGAAUUCACAGGAAAACAAGUACUGUUUGACGUUGACACUCGAAAAUGGCGAAACUGUGGAUAUCGAGACAUCGUCCUUGAGCGAGGAACAUCACAAUAGCUCUAGCAAUGGCGGUGCUGACGCCAAAUCCACGCUGCCACUGCUGAGAAACCCUCCGAUCCUCGAGGCAAUUGAAGAUUUGACGUCUUUGUCAUAUUUGAAUGAGCCUGCCGUAUUGCAUGCCAUCAAGACGCGGUAUGGACAACUCAAUAUUUACACCUACUCUGGGAUCGUUCUGAUCGCCACGAAUCCGUUCGACCGUGUAGAACAGCUCUACUCCCAGGAUAUGAUCCAGGCCUAUGCCGGCCGUCGCAGGGGCGAGCUCGAGCCACAUCUGUUCGCUAUCGCAGAAGAAGCCUACAGGCUCAUGAAAAACGACAAACAAAACCAAACUAUCGUGGUGAGUGGUGAAUCUGGUGCCGGGAAAACCGUCUCGGCCAAAUACAUCAUGCGCUACUUUGCAUCAGUCGAGCAAGCGGCCAACAGGGAUUCUUCGGCUAUUGCAGACCACCACGGUCAGCGUCACGAAAUGUCGGAGACCGAACGUCGAAUCUUGGCCACCAAUCCGAUCAUGGAGGCAUUUGGUAACGCCAAGACCACCAGAAACGACAACUCGUCGAGAUUUGGCAAAUACCUGGAAAUUCUGUUCAACUCAAACACCUCCAUUAUCGGUGCCCGCGUUAGAACCUACUUACUAGAGCGCUCAAGACUUGUGUUCCAACCACAAGUGGAAAGAAACUACCACAUCUUUUAUCAACUAUUAGCGGGGUUGUCAGUGGAAGAAAAAUCUGAGUUGAAACUGAGCAAAGUGGAAGACUAUCAUUACCUCAACCAGGGAGGAGAUUACCGCAUCAAAGGUGUCGACGAUGCCGCUGACUAUCACGAAACUGUAGAUGCUUUGAAGCUGGUCGGCUUUUCUACCGACACUCAGCAUCAACUAUUUAAGAUUUUGGCCGCACUGCUCCAUAUUGGUAACAUUGAAGUGAAAAAGACCCGGAACGACGCUUCUUUGAGCUCAGAUGAACCUAAUCUCGUCAUUGCAUGCGAAUUAUUGGGUAUUGAUGCCUUUGAAUUUGCUAAGUGGAUCACCAAGAAACAAAUUACAACGAGGUCGGAGAAGAUCGUUUCGAAUUUAUCUUAUAGCCAAGCGAUUGUUGCCAGGGAUUCCGUCGCGAAAUUUAUAUUCACUGCGCUUUUCGAUUGGCUAGUGGAAAAUAUCAACACAGUUCUGUGCAAUCCGGAAGUAUCAAACCAUAUCAGCUCUUUCAUUGGUGUUCUAGAUAUCUAUGGUUUUGAACACUUUGAGAAGAACUCAUUUGAACAAUUUUGUAUCAACUACGCCAAUGAAAAAUUGCAACAAGAGUUCAAUCAACACGUCUUCAAACUCGAACAAGAAGAAUAUGUUGCGGAGCAGAUUGAGUGGUCCUUUAUCGAGUUCAACGACAACCAACCUUGCAUCGAUCUGAUCGAAAAUAAGCUGGGUAUACUGUCCUUACUUGAUGAGGAAUCUAGGCUUCCCGCAGGAUCUGAUGAAAGCUGGACUCAGAAACUAUAUCAGGCUCUCGACAAGCCUCCUACAAACUCCGUUUUUUCAAAACCAAGAUUCGGCCAGAGCAAAUUCGUCGUUUCGCAUUAUGCUCUGGACGUAUCCUACGACGUUGACGGGUUCAUAGAAAAAAACAGAGAUACAGUCUCAGACGGACACCUCGAGGUUUUGAGAGCUACUCAAAAUGAGACCCUGAGGUCCAUUUUGGAUAUCAUCGACAAAAAUGCUGCUGCGCUUGCCGAGAAACAAGAAGCUAGCAAGAGGCCAGGGCAAGCGAGAAUGGUUAAUAAGAAACCAACAUUAGGGUCCAUGUUCAAGCAGUCGCUAAUUGAUUUGAUGACAACGAUCGAUUCUACGAACGUGCACUACAUUCGCUGCAUAAAACCAAAUGAAGACAAAGAGGCUUGGAAGUUCGAUAACCUCAUGGUCUUGUCUCAACUUCGAGCUUGCGGUGUGCUAGAGACCAUUCGCAUCUCGUGUGCAGGCUUCCCAUCGAGAUGGACCUACAACGAAUUUAUUCUGAGAUAUCAUAUUUUAAUUCCUUCAGACAACUGGACCAAAAUUUUUACUUUGGAAGCUUCGGAGGAGGACAUCAGAGCUUUAUGCAAGGAAAUUCUAAAAGUAACGGUCAAGGAUGAGGAGAAGUACCAGCUUGGUAACACUAAGAUCUUUUUCAAGGCAGGUAUGCUGGCAUAUUUGGAGAAACUGAGAAGCACGAAAAUGCAUAAUGCCUGCGUUCUGAUACAGAAAAAAAUCAGAGGGAUUUAUUACCGCAGAAAAUAUCAGGCUAUUCAGACUGCUCUCCAUAAAUUACAAGCAUUUGCUGGUGGUCACUCUUGUCGGAUGAAGGUUGAACUUGAACUGAAAAAUAUGGCAGCCACUUGCUUACAAGCUCUCUUUAGAUCCUGGGCCCAACGUCGUUAUGUGAAGACGACCAUGAAUUCUGUCAUUAAGGUGCAAUCAUUGGCAAGGAAACGCAUUGCGCAAAAGGAGCUGUCCGAAAAACAGCGUGCGAAUGCCGCAGUUGCCAUCCAACGCAAAAUUCGGGGUUUCAGUCCUCGCCAGAGCUUCAACACAACAAGAGGAUCCUCGAUUCGCAUUCAAUCCUUGGUAAGAAGAAAACUAGCUCAAAGGCAAUUGAAACAAUUGAAGUCUGAGGCCAAAUCGGUUAACCAUUUGCAAGAAGUCAGUUAUAAGCUGGAAAACAAGGUCAUACAGCUCACAGAGAAUUUGGCCGAGAAGGUCAGGGAAAAUAGAGAAAUGACUGCUCGUAUCAUUGAACUACAAACAUCUUUGAAUGAAUCUGCCAACAUUCAAAACGCUCUAAAUUCGCAGAAAGAGGAGCAUAGCAGAGAUCUCAAAGAACAGCAAGAUUCACACAAUGCGGAGCUUGCCAACAAAUCAGAGGAACUACGCGAAGCUAGAGCAGAAAUCGAGUCUGCUCGUAUGGAAAUUGACGAGUUGCUCUCAAAGCACGAUAAGCUCAAAGAUGACGUCCGUUCGAAUGUGGAGGCCCUCAAACAAGCGAAGCAAGAGUAUCUUGACUCGCAGACCCAGAAUUCCGAUCUAAAGAACGAGGUUAAAUCUCUGAAGGAUGAAAUCAGUCGUUUGCAGAGCAGUAUUCGGAGCGGCGUCAGCACUAAUGGUAUGAUGGUCAAUACACCUACUAAAAGCAGAAGAUUCAGUAGUCAUAGCAGUGUGACAGAUGGAACUUCUCCAAGACAGUUGAACGUUAUUUCUAUGAACAACGGCAUGGAAGACGAUGCUAGGUCAACAGCGAGUGCAUUGUCUCAAAUCAACGAUGAACUUUACAAAAUUCUCGAAGACACCAAGACUUUGAAUACUGAAAUCGUAGAGGGGCUCUUGAAGGGCUUUAAGAUUCCAGAAACUGGCGUAGCUGCUGAGUUGACCAGAAAGGAGGUCUUGUACCCUGCUAGAAUAAUGAUCAUUGUUUUGAGCGACAUGUGGAGGUUGGGUUUGACAAAACAAAGUGAAAGCUUUCUCGCAGACGCUAUGUCCACUAUUCAAAAGCUUGUCACUGGAUUGAAAGGUGAUGAUAUGGUGCAACAUGGUGCCUUUUGGCUCACAAAUGUUCGCGAAUUGUACUCCUUUGUUGUUUUCGCGCAAGAGAGUAUAUUAAACGAUGAUUCCUACAAUAGCGGCUUGAACGAAGAUGAGUAUAAAGAGUACGUGACUCUAGUCACUGAGCUAAAGGAUGAUUUUGAGUCCUUGAGUUACAACAUUUACAAUAUUUGGUUGAAGAAAUUACAAAAGGACCUGGAGAAAAAAGCCGUUUCUGCCGUGGUCAUGUCCCAAUCUCUUCCCGGUUUCAUUGCGAAUGAAUCGACCCAAUUUUUGGGAAAGCUCUUUACUCCGUCGAACUAUUACAAGAUGGAUGACAUAUUGACCUUUUUCAACAACAUCUACUGGUCGAUGAAGACGUACCACGUUGAGCAAGAAGUGUUCCGCGAAGUGAUCAUCACAUUAUUAAAGUUUGUGGACUCCAUAUGUUUUAACGAUCUGAUCAUGAAGAGAAACUUCCUGUCAUGGAAAAGAGGUCUACAGCUCAACUACAACGUGACCAGGUUGGAGGAGUGGUGUAAGUCUCACCACAUCCCAGAAGGCACCGAUUGUCUGCAACACAUGCUUCAAGCUUCAAAGCUUUUGCAAUUGAAAAAGGCCACUUUGGAGGACAUCGAUAUUAUAUGGGAGAUUUGCUCUUCGCUGAAACCGGUGCAAAUUCAGAAGCUUAUUACUCAAUAUGCGGUUGCAGAUUAUGAAGUGCCCAUUCCUCAGGAGAUUUUAACAUUUGUUACAGAUCGGGUGAAGAACGAGUCCUCUUUGUCAUCAAACGGUAAGUCUCAAACACACAGCAACGAUAUUUUCCUCACCGUUGAAAGCGGACCAUUUGAGGAUCCUUUCAACUUGAUAGAAACCAGAAAAUUCGGCAAAAUCGAGGCCUACAUACCUGCUUGGAUGAACUUACCUGUCACCAGAAGAGUUGUUGAGUUGGUUACGCAGCAUGUGACAGUUCAAGAGGUUCAGAGAGGAGUUUAG